AUGGAUAGCGCGUCUCUUGUGCAGUUUGCGUCGGCGCUGCAAAAGCAUCGAGACAGUAUUUCAGGCAGCCACACCUUUGUGAUGUACACGGUACCUGCCGAUGCUUUCUUGCAGAUGACAGAAGUCAAGACGCACGAGGAGCUCACAGACGCCGGUGUGCUUUCAGAGUUUGAUGAGAGCCUGGGAAAGGCAAUGUUCGUGUCGCACCAGUGGCUGAGUGACACCCAUCCUGACCCAGACUUCCAGCAGCUGAAAGUUCUGCAGGAUACGCUAAGGAAUAUCGUUGCCGGAACCAGCUCAAUUUCUGAAGCUUUGUUGUCAGAAAUCAUUUAUGGUCGAAGAAGAUGCCCUCCACCCGGCGACUUCGCAUCCGGCCAUCUCCACAUUUGGUAUGACUACUUUAGCAUCCCACAAAGCCACGAUCAACGAGCAUCUCAGGGCCGUCAGACAGCCAUUCAAAGCAUCCCAACAUAUGUGGCAAGAUGCGAGUUCUUUGUCGUGCUAUGCCCGGCUUUGGAGCACAGAGAUCAGAAGCGGACUUUGAGCCAUGCCACUUGGGGCGAAAGGGGGUGGUGUCGCACAGAGAGAGUUGCACGCGAACUCUCCACCCACAGAGGUGGCUACGUCAUCAUUGUGGAGAGCGCCGCGCACCAGACGCUGCUGUGGAAAGGACUAAGCAUGAGGGAUGCACCUGGUGAAGGAGAGUUUACGCUUGAUGGUGACCGAGUGUGGAUCGGUCGUAUUGUUACUCAGAUGGUUUGGUCCAAGCUUUUCUAUUACCUCGAGCAUCGACAGUUUCACAACUACCGAUUCCUUCUGAACGCACAAACGGCGCAGUAUUUCCGUUCCCUUGACGUGGAGCCCAUUGACGGCCUUGUUCCGGGAUUCCACACUGAGACCGACCCGAGUGUUGACUGCAAGGGCUUCAUGCUGGAACAUUUCCUGCAUCAGAACGGCCUCAGGAGCAUCUUCGAGCGGGAUGAUGCAGGGUGGCCGCCCAUUUGCUUUGCAGCGAUGAGCAACAACGUCGUUGUGCUGGAAGCGCUUCUUGACCGAAAGGUGGAUAUCAACCAGGCUACGACAAAGCCCGCAACAGAAGCCAAUCUUCCUGCCAAGCUGACGGCUCUGGGAGUGGCUGCCUUUCUUCGCAACAAUGAAGCUGUCGAGCUGCUUCUGUGCGCCAGGGCCCACGUGAACUACAAGGAUUCUUAUGGUGGCAAUGCUCUCCAUAUCGCAUGUGCCGGGGACAAUCCACACGCAGUACGUCUACUCUGCCGUGCUCGUGCCAACGUGAAUCAGCAGUGCAUUCCACAAAUGAGCCCUUUUAUAGUCUCGUGUGCAUGCGCAAGUCGGUAUGCCAUGAAGGAGAUGCUCACUCUGAAUCCAGGUUUGAGUUUGCGACAUUGCCUACACAUCGCACUUAUGCUCGCUGGAGGUGGCGCUGCCAACGUCGUUUCCGAUUUGCUCGAGGCUCGGGCAAAUGUGAAUGAACAGUUCCGAGUGCAUAUCCGCGAGCCCGGGUGGUGGCUUCUGAUGAAUGUCAUGGGUGUGAGGCAUCGGGUAAGCCCUUCCAGACUGACUCUGCUAGCUUAUCAUCAUUGCGAUGCUACGCCGCUGAUGUUCAGCAUUCUGAGUGGUUCUCUGGAUUCUGUGUCCUCCCUGCUGUCAGCUCGAGCCCGAGUAGACAUCCAAAAUUACCGCAAGAGCACGGCAUCCGAUCUGGCACGCCAGAUGCUGGCGCCAUCGUGGUUGAUCGAGGUCUGUUCUACUAAAGGCCAGCAAGACACCGAGACCUUUGCCGAGAGUGACACGUUUUUCAUUUGA